GUUUUUGAAGGCAACAAGGAGAUGAAAAUUUCUCGUAUAAUAUACGAUACAAAUUAUUACAACAUAUUUUUAACACACCGACCCAAUACAAGGACGACCCAAUACAAGGACGACCCAAUUAAAUAAUUUGGUUAACAAUGGGGUAAAAUAUGGACUAUGGCCAGUAGUCGAAAUCCAGAAGAAGUCUUUGGAGUAACAUCAGGAAGAACCAACCAUACAAGACUGACAAGACUGCUGAUAUGUGGAGGAACUGCGAUUUUAAGAGAGUUAUUCGAUUUUAUCCAUCCACCAGCAAAUCUUUCAACUGUCUUGACAAGUAAACGUUCAACGCUAAAACAAAUGAAAAGGAGGGGGUUUUUAACCGUUCCUCAAUGGAAAAUUUUAUUUCCGUCGCCUGGUACUUGUGGUCAGUCGAAAAAUUUUGAUAUUACUUUGCUUUGUAAACUUUUUAGAAAUAUCUGCAGCCUAAUAGCGCCGGUUACUGGUUGGGACAGUCUGCCAAACAGCACGGAUCUUUCUUUAACAGCUGAUUUAGCUAGAAUUAAAAAUUUUCGAAACGAAAUUCAUGGACAUGUGAAUGAAGACAUGGAACUGAGAGACGAGGAAUUUCUUGGCCUCUGGAAUGAGAUAAAAGACGCUUUAGUAAGGAUUGUUAAGUACUAUACUACAAGUGGCUCAACUUCAAUCACAGAUUGGGAGAAUGCUAUUGAAAAACUGCUAAAUGCGCCUCUAACUGACGAAGAUGAAAUGCACCUUGAAGAAUUAGAGCACUGGUAUCUGGAGGAUAUGGAGGUUAGGAGAGCAGUAGAUCAAAUUGGAAGAACAGCAGAAGAAACCAGAAGAGCAGUAGAACAAAUGACAACUAUGAUGGGAACAGACAGAGCCAGAGAGGGUUUGCAGCAACCAGUUGUACAAGCACAACAGCAAGAACAGAUACCACAUGUACAACCAGAGGUGGUUAUCCAGUGCCUGUUUAAAUUUGCUUCUGGAGCACUGUGGCUUGCAGGAAGUACAGUUAUCAUGAACCAAUAUAGGGAUGAUUUAGAGGCCUUGAAAACAGUCCUCCAGGAUGUGGUGUUUCCUACUGGAGUCUUAGUCUAUAAAAUCAUAUUUGGCUCAAUCAAACUGGUUACAAAAGUAACAUCAUUGGAUGCCCUUACAGAAUUGUGGGAGAGAUACAAAGAGGGUCAAUUGAAAACUGAUUUGGAGAAAGUGUUAUUGACAAAACAGCUAAUAGCCAUGGCACAAAGUGAUGUAGAAAUAACUGUCCAUAUUAAUGAAAUAGAAUACUUGAGAGCUCAACAUGAACUGCAAACAAAAGGUGUUUCAAGUGGCAGUCGUCACCUUGAAAGGAAUAAAACGGAUUCAGCAUGGGAAAGACUACCAAAACUGACAACGACGAAUACCCAGAAACCCCUUCAAAGCAGUAAUCAGGCAUCCCCUUCUUCAACUAAGUCUUGCAUUAGACAUUCAGUGUUACGUACCGUCAGCCAUGAAGAUUCCACAGCUACACAACAUGACGCAUCACAGUCUCUAAUCGCAAAACCUAGUAAUGUUGAACAAGAUAGUGCAAAGGCCACAGGAAGUGAGACUGAGGAGAUAGGAACCGAGACGGAACUUCCUCCAUCAUACGAAGGCGCAUUUCAGACUGUUAGUAAACAAAAAACCUUUUGUUUGCCAGAAGGAGUGGAAGUCAUCUGUGAGCAUUUCGAGAGAGAAGUCUUUGCACACCCCCAAAACAGUUCCAAAAUUCCUAAGGUUUGUCUGAAUUGCCAAAGAUGCCCUACAAGAUGCAAGUACGCAUAUUGGAGCAAAGAGCAAAAGAAGUGGAUAUCUGUGCGGCGUGUUCCGUCAAUCAUGCGCCCAACUGGAAAGCAGAUCCUUUGUUGUCGUCAUGUUCAAAGUGGAAAGACGUGCUUCCCAUCCUGCACUUUUGCGCAUGGACCGGAGCUACAGAUGUGGGAUCUAGAACGCAAAGGAGUUCUGCCAUCACCAGAGACACAUCUGAAGAAUAAAAAAAUCUCUCUAUAUAAUGUAGUAACACCAGAUUCAUCUAAAAGAGAUACUGCGCCUGAAUACAUUAUAGAGAGACCAAAAGGAUGCCCAACAGAGAAAAUUUCAGGAAACAAUAGAACACCGAUUCAAACAACGAGGGUCCAAUCUUUAAGUGCUAGCAAUAUAUGCCGUCUACCAACGGGUGUAAAGAUUGUUUGUGAUGAUUUCAUAAAAAACUUCAAAUCUUAUGGUGGACGGGCUGUCGAGCGAACAACAAAUGUCUGUGAUAGUUGUAAGAAGAAAUGUCAGGAAAGGCAUCCUUUGGUGCGCUCGUUAAUACGAUAUGCCUUUUGGAGCGAAGGGUUUAARCAAUGGUUUGUGAUCAGAACCUAUCCAAGGGGAGWGCUCCGURUUGCCUUCCGACAAUGCAAAGAUUUAAAAAAUAACAGGCUCUGUACUAGAAGCGAAUGUACUUUUGCUCAUGGACCCGAGGUAUCUAUGUGGACUAUGGAACGAGAAGGAACGCUUGUUCCAGCAUGGGAGGCUUUGUUUCGUACUAUCGUAUAUGUAUCAAGUAAUGAACUAAUGGCUGUUGUACGGCCACUCCCCCAUGGAGCUUUAAAAGACGAUUUGAGGCUAUGCAUGAGCGUGCAGUCAAGAAUAAUUUGCAGAUUUGGACGAGGCUGUCGUUUUGCACAUAGUGAAACUGAACUGGACUCCUGGAAGAAACUCUUCGAAGAAAGACUAAAAGAACGGAGAGAAAUAAGAAUACCAUACAGCGAGCACUUCUUAAAGCAUCAUGAGCUUCAGUGUAAAGACUCCAUUCCAGGGGUUAAGCUCACAUGUAACCCCGUAGUCCCUAAUGUACAGCUUGCCGAGGACUGCGAAGACCAUUCCUACACAUGGGAAUUUUGUGCUCGUUUUGAGGUAACGUUGGGCCUUCCAACCGUUGAACUAUUGAAUUUUCGUUCAAACUUCCAUUUUACAAAGAUCAAAGUUGUGGGAUUUGAUAGGGAUAACAAAGCUACUACUAUUUUGUCUAAAGAGCUCAAAGCGUCGGUGUAUAUUCCAAGGGAGGCAGUGGUGUUGGAUUCGCAAAUGCAGAAAAUCGAAUUUCGUGUGAGCGUUGCCUUCCAAGCAUCAUUGUUUGGCAGCUUUUCUCAGCAUCUUCUGUUUAAUUUUGGUCAGCUACCUUGUCUUAAGAAAGAUUUUAACAUCGAUAUUGGCAGCAAGGAAACACUGGAGAAAUUGGCAGCUAGGAGGAAGACCGUCAUACUUGAUGCCCUACCUUGGGAAGAUCAAAAUAUGACACUCGUAAGAUUCGAACCCGAUCCAGAAAAAGAAAAGUUGAUGUCCGCCUAUUCUUUGCCUAAGGAUGCAGAGAGAAUUGUGUCAGCUCAGUUGGUUAAAGGGGAAGUCAGACAAGACACUUAUAAACAGACAAUGCACCAGCUCCUUUUUUCGGAAGAGGUUUAUAUGAGGAAACUUUUGUUAAGUCUUGCGCCAACGACUGCCGUAAAGCUUGAAAUCGUGACAACUAAACCAGACCUCAGGUUCGGUGGUAUAAAGUUUGCGGGGAAAGGUCAACUGUUUGGAAAAAUAAAACUUGAAAACAUCGAAAUUACUCUCGAUGACAUGGCGGGAAGAGUAUGUCUGCGAAAUGUUCAGCACAUUUGGAUCCAGUCACGUGAUAAACCCAAAUACCUUUACGAGUUGCCGAGCGAAAUUCACGAGGGCAACACCAUUUAUGUGGAUUUGCCACCAAAGGUGUGCGAGGAUCUGAAGCUAAUCAAAGACAAAGUCGUUGAUGUUGAGAUGAGGUUCAAUCUAAACCGCUAUAUUCUUUGCAUGAUGCAUAAAGCCAUAGACAGCCUUGGGAUUACGCAAGCACGCCAGCUUUUUCCCGUAGAACGAAGAGUCAUCAGAAGACGAGAGGUGACCGAUUUUUUGGGGUGGUUCCUGGAUCAACGCCUUAACGAAUGCCAGAAACGCGUUAUUCACGCUAUCGCAGACGUUGUCCCCCCUUCUCCUCCACUUGUGGUGUUUGGACCCUUUGGGACAGGAAAAACCUUCACUUUGAACCAAGCUGCGAUAUAUUUGAUGAAAGAGAAGACAAAUCGCGUUCUUGUAUGCACACAUACAAAUUCAGCGGCUGACAUUCACGUGGAACGACUCGAUGAAUAUCUCCAAGGAAAUGGGAAGCUUUCGCGUGCAGCAAAACCUCUGCGCAUUUACAGCCCUGAAACAGAAUGGAGUAAGACUUCUGACGUUGGUCGGAAGUAUGCACUAGUGAAAGAUGGAGUUUUCGUAAUGCCAACUAGAAAGAAUGUCGUCGAUCAUCGUGUUGUCAUAACAACGCUUACAACUGCUGACCUGUUGACUAAGCUUAAUGUUCACCAUGGAUUUUUUACACAUAUCCUGAUAGACGAGGCUGCACAGGCUUGGGAAACAGAAGCACUGAUACCACUAGCCCUCGCUGGCCCCAACACGAAGAUUGUCUUCACUGGAGACCACAUGCAGACGUCUCCUGAGGUAUAUUCAGAAUUCGCUCGUCAGUGCGGACUCCAGAAAUCACUUCCCGAACGCCUUUUUGACCAUUACCAGGCAAAAGAUAGCAAAGACGAUCAAGUGCUGUUUUUGUUCGAAAAUUACCGCUCUCACGAGGAAAUACUUAACUUUCCUUCGGUGAACUGCUACGAAAAAGGCAUCGUCGCAAGAGGUAACAUUCCUGGCCAUCCUAAGAUACCGCCUUUGGUUUUCUACGCAGCCAAAGGCAAAGACGAAAAGCAAAGCAACAACUCGUUCUUAAACGAGUCUGAAAUUUACGAGGUAGAGAAGCGAGUAGUUGAACUGGUAAAAAACUGGCCACUGUGUUGGGGCCAGAAGAACCUACGAGACAUUGCAGUAGUUGCUCCCUACAAAUAUCAGGUGGACGCAAUUCGAGGCGAAUUGAGGAAAAAACGAAUGAGUGAAGUCAAUGUUCAAACGAUCCACAAUAUACAAGGAAGGGAAUUCAGAGCUGUGUUUAUCAGUACUGUGCGAACUUGGAACUCCAUCCAAGACUUGAGCCAGUCUGACAAAUUGUCCUGUGACGAUCUAUCUCUGGAAUUUCUUUCUGACCCGAAGCUGCUCAUAACUGCUGUUACACGAGCAAAGUCAUUGGUGGCUGUUGUUGGUGACCCUUUUGCCCUAUGCACCCUAGGAAGGUGUAAAAUUCUUUGGGACGAUUACAUCACAAGAUGCUACAAUCUUAACGGGUUAUUCGGAAUAACAUGGGAAGCCUUAAGUGAAGACAUAGGUGCCCAUUUCUCUCAAAUUCAACUGGAUCCAGAAGCUCCAACGUUUGUUCCUAAAUCAGAAAUUCCUAGGAAUGAUGAUGGAGAUGAGGCAAAUAUGGAAUUUCCAAACAAAACCGCCUCAAACCUGAGUGAAUUAGAACCAGAAACGGAGGAAGAUCAGGCAUCCUCUUGCUCGGGAGACAUUAAAUAUAAUGCUGAAGACGAUGAUUGUUUUGCUGAUGUGGAAGACGAUUUAGAAGACGAGGCCGUGCUACCAGCUAAUAUUGAUGGAAUAAUCAAAGAGCUAUGUAAAUUCGUUAAAAAACGCCAGCAGCAAACCGCUGUUAUGGAUGAGGAAUUUCCCGCCUUGACCAAGUACUCUUCAAAAGUUAAAGAAACUCAAAUUAUUUGGCCCUCGAAAAGGCCCACUCAGGACUUUAAUCGUAAAACACUGAAAAGCGAAUAUCUAAUUCGCAACAAGAAUGGGCGCACCGAAAUCCAGCUGUUGGAUAUAUACAAAAGCCCUUCAGAUCGAGUACAGCAGAUCGCCAUGAAUAACUACAAAUAUCAAAACCUUGAGCCCGAGGUACUAAUAAAUAUGCUUGAAAAAGAACCUUUGAAAUUCUACUCUGGUCAGCUUCAGAUACGAAAUGAGAAAUCAAGGAUAGCCUAUCUCGUUAUUCCAGACAAAGACAAACCUGACAUACAAGUUAAGGGAUCAAUCAGACAUGCAUUUGAUCACGAUACUAUUGUAGUCGAAGUACAGCCAAGUCAGAACGAAACAGAAAGUAUAAGCUGUGGUUUCCUCAAAGGUGUGCUGAAUCACAUGAUUAGUCCUCGCGAACGGCAGUAUGUUUGCAAGGUCACUCUGAACAAUCCUGCAGUCAUGAUUCCCAUUAACAGAUCGGCUACAAAAAUAGUAAACCUUAGUGAUAAGAGCCUCAGAGAUAUCAUACCGGUUUACAAGAAGCGCAAGACGCAAGACGAAAGAAUCGGCGAACCAAUGAAGAUGAUAGCCAUAGAAGAGGUUAUAGAGAAGAAGCUUUUGUUUGUUGUCGAGUUUCUUCAGUGGAGAAGCGACUGCACCCUUCCUCUGGGAAUUGCCGUAAGAACUAUACCGACAGGGGAAACAGUAGAGCAAUGCAAAGAAAUCCUCUUUGCUGAAUGCGGCAUUCGCAAAGCCUUCAGUAGGAACACUAAAGAGAUGAUACGCAAGCGUUUUCCAACAACAUGGAAAAUUCCAGACAGUGAAAUGAAGAACCGGAAGAAGAUUGAUAAGGCUUUUACUAUUGAUCCACCAGAAGCUAAAGAUCUGGAUGAUGCCAUCUCAAUAGAUGAAAUUGGAGAUGGAAAGUUCAAGGUUGGGAUUCACAUCGCCGAUGUAAGCUUUUUUGUAGAGCGUGGUACUGAUCUGGAUCGAGAAGCACGGCAAAGAGGAGUGUCAUAUUAUCCUGGUCAAAAUGGGGAAGAAAAUAUGCCCAUGCUUCCACGUGAACUAAGUGAGAAUAUCCUUAGUCUCCUGCCAAACGAGGACCGCUUGACUGUUUCAGUUUUCGUUACUCUUAACAGUGAAGGCGAGGUCGUCGGCCAAAAAGAGAUUCUGAGAACUGUGACGCAUUCUCGCUGUAGGCUUAGCUACUCUCAAGCACAGCAGAUAUUAGACAUGGAGAAGCAUGAUAAUGUAGAGGGCGUGCCUGCUCAAGUGCCUCUAGCAAUUAAGAGGCUUCAUUCACUUGUCGUAAAAAGGCGCUGGCAGCGUCUUAAGGAAGCAUCUUUUGAGGAUUCGAAUAACGGAGAAGAUUCAGAUGCACACGAGCUAAUAGAAGAGCUCAUGAUUCUUGCCAAUCAUACAGUUGGGGACUUCCUGCAUAGUAGAAAUCCAAGGGGCACUCCAUUUCGUACACAACUAGAACCAAAGGUCCAUCGCCUCAAUGAAUGGGCGGAAAAGUAUGGCUCAAUUGCCAAGUACUCUCCGGUUCUGCAACCAAAACUUCAGAGUGAGGACAUCAAAAACGAAGUCAAAGAAAGAAUAUAUACAGAAGAAAAAGAAAUCGACAUUCAUGAACACGCCUGGGACGAAAUAUGUAGAGCUGCAGAAUCUGGGGAUCUGAGAAAAGUGAAGCGUUUGAUUUGUGACCCGUCGUCUUCACCACAACUUGCGAUAGCACGUCUGCAUCUCAUGCGAAUUCAGACGAAAUCUCAAUACACGUGCUCUGGAAGUGACUCUCAACACUAUUCCCUAGGACUGAGUAACUACGUUCACUUCACCUCACCCAUCAGGCGCUACGUAGAUAUUGAAGUCCACCGCCUUCUUUUGGCACUGAUGCCAAGUAAUAGUGUGGAACAAGCCACUUUGAAUGAAGAUGAGAUGGCAACGCUCUGUCGCAGGUCCACAUACUUCAAAACCAACUCAGACAAAUUUGAGAAGGAAUUCAAACGCAUUCAUUUUGCUUCAACGUUGAAACAGAAAAACAAGUCUGGGAUGUUUUUCAUAGACCAGUUGGAGGGCCGUUUCUUCACGAUACAUCCAGUGAGUCCAGAUCACGAUUAUUUCUUGGGGAAGCACAAGAAGGUUAAUUUUGAUGUCCUGUUGCCUUCCUCCAAGUCAGACAGCAUUGAUGGCAAGCCGGAAACCAGUCUCAGAUGGAGGUCGAGAAUAUACCUUGCACAUUCAUCGGGAACCGAAGCUGAUGAUUUGUCUCUCUCCCGUCGGGAUGCGGCCAAAAUCAAGAAUUUGUUAGAUAGCGGUAGAAACCGUGUUGCCGUUCAGAGGAUAAAGGGAAAUACCUGGAAGUGCAUUAUAGAUGCUGUCAAGGAUGGUAAACCAGCAGAUGAACUACUACGACAGGUAAAGCAAACUGACGAGAACUUGAAAAAAAGUGCUACUCAAAAGAGGUCUUUUACAGCCGGAAGCUCCAGUAGAGAUGUCUACAAGCAUCCUAACUUUGGCCGAAUGGAUGUUGGUACGAACAGCAACAGUGAUUGUCAUUUUCAUGAGAUAACUAUGAAUCUCAAGCGGUGUGACAUGGUUCGUUUUCAAAUGUUUUCACGUCUGCACAGUAAGAUGCUCUGUCCAGACGUUCAGCUUUUGAGUGUUUCAUCAGGUUUUUGUAUUUGCCUGGAGCAUCAAAGAUACCCUCGAAGGUGCUUUGCAUUUGAUACAAAACGGUGUGCCUCAAAAGCAGAAUAUUGCAGUGUUGAUGAGUACGUUGACUUUUGGAAACCCGUACUUGCCAUGGAAGCAGCAAAUGCAGCGGUUGUUCAGAAUGAUGGAUUUAUUCUGAAAUCUUUGCCAGUGAAGUGGAAACAAAAGGAUGGAGAUAUCAAGGGUAAAUUUACUCUGACGUCAUCUUAUUGCAAAUCUCGGCAACUGGAGUUCCACUAUGGUGACCUCGCGUGCAUUAGAAUUCCAUUCUCGGACGACUUAUUACCAGAAGAUGCUGAGGCAACAACUGACGAUCAAGAAAUAAGCAUUUGGAUAGGGCAUUGUAUUGUUGAAGAUAUAAAACCAAAGAAGAACCAAGAUGCAACAUCAGUGACUGUCAGACUUCAUCAAAUGGCAUGUGAAUUUCCUCGUCACCUUUUGACCAAAGGCCAACGGGAGUGUGACAUGGAGUAUAUUUACCAGCCUCUGCCGUUAAGGCGGAUGAUUACAGCGUUGGAAUGCAAGUUGAAAGACUCGUCAGAACUUGUCAAAACAAUCUGCCUUGGACAAAGUCCUUCACAAGAAAGAUUUCCUCUUCCCGAACAAGAAUUAUCCAUUUCUGAUCAUUACAGAACGACUGGAUUUAAACCAUUGAAUGAUUAUCAAAAAAAUGCUGUACGUCAGGCUUUGUCAAGGCCUUUCUCGCUCAUUCAAGGUCCACCAGGGACCGGCAAAACAKUAACUGGAGUGCAUGUUGCAUAUUGGUUCGCAAAGCAAAAUGAAAAGCAGAAGCCAGCAGAGAAACAAAACAAGAAGUCAAAAAAGAAGGCAGCCAAAAUUAAGACAGAUCAUGAUAAGGAGGAAAAGGAGAAGGGGCCACCACAGGUGCUUUACUGCGGCCCAUCCAACAAAUCAAUUGAUGUUGUCACAGAAUAUCUGCUUAAGAUACCCGGAAUGAAGGGCAAGAUUCUUCGCGUGCACGGUACACUUAUAGAGGAAUCUGAGUAUCCCAUUCCCAACAAGAUUAACGUAUCCAAACCCACUGCAAGUGAUGAUGAACUCAAGAUUCCAGAAGGCGAAGUUAAAGAAGUUUCUCUUCAUCAUUUCAUAAGGAGUGAGUUGUCUCCAUUCGCCACAAAACUAAGAGAGAAGGAGGACGAUUUCAAAGAAGCAAAGAAACGAAAAGAAAGGCCAAGUGAGGAAGAAGUAGCAACAUAUUGUGAUAUAAUUGCUAAAGCUGAAGAAUGGGCGAUCACGAAGUCUGGCAAAGAGAUAAUACUCUGCACGUGUUCUCGAGCAGGCAGUAAAACAAUCACUGAAUUGUGCAAUAAUAUUCAGCAGUGUAUUAUCGAUGAAUGUGGGAUGUGUACGGAACCAGAGGCUCUGGUCCCCAUGACGUCAUCCAAUGCUAAACAGUUCGUGCUGAUUGGUGAUCACAAACAACUGCAACCAAUCAUCACUGAUAAACGUGCAAAGAGUCUUCAGCUGGAUAUAUCAUUAUUUGAACGACUUGCCAAGCAAGCAUGUAUGUUAAGGAUGCAAUACCGAAUGCAUCCAUCGAUCUGUGAGUUUCCCUCUAAGCAGUUUUACGAAGGCAUGCUACAAACAUCUGACAUCGUGACGUCCCGCAACACAGCUAAUGUGCAGAUAUGGCCUGCUUUGGGUACAAGAGUAUGUUUCUGCCACAUUGAAGGCGUAGAAGAAUCCUCUGUUAUAUCAGCUGUUGACAGUGGAGCUGACUCUAAAUACAACAUGGACGAAGCCAGGAAAGCUGUCUAUCUGGCUAAAUAUCUGGUUAACAGCCACAGACAACAGAUAAAAGAGAAGAAUAUAGUCAUCCUGACGCCAUACAGACAACAACGCAAAGUCAUUCAAGAUCUUCUUAAAAAGGCUGGCAAGGAUAUCCUUGUUACUACUAUCAUUAAAAGCCAAGGAAGUGAAUGGGACUAUGUAAUCUUGUCAUUGGUUCGUUCGCUUCCUGAACAAGAAUUAGAACCUGAACCAUCGUCAUCAUGGCUCGGUGAACAUCUUGGAUUCAUCACAGAUGAACAUCAGAUUAACGUGGCCCUGACACGAGCUAAACAUGGACUUUUCAUCACUGGGAAUAAAAACUUACUAUCGUAUGACCCAAUCUGGCACAGCCUUAUACAGCACUGCGAAGAAAAGAAGUGCAUUGUUAGUAACUCGUGGCCUUAGCAUCACUGGCUUGCCAAUCAGACGGUUUUGCGUUUUUACCUCCUUAAUCGAGGAUCCGCCAUUUUUUCCCCAGUCGAAGUAUGAACCUUUCGAUAAGAAGAUAAAUACCUCGUUUUUAUGGUGUUGGAAAUAUACGAGUCCAUAUCAUAUAUAUCUUUCUCAAAGAAUUAAUAUCGGUCCGCGUGAGCGUUUGAGCCUCGCGAAUACCCUCUUGUUAUAACAAUGACUUCUUAGAAGACUUUCUUUUAAAUGUUAACUCAGCAGGGCCCGGUUGUACGAAGGGCUUUAGUAAAUAAAUUUAUUGGAUAAAAGCAUCGACUUAUCCACUGUGUAAGGAUUUAUCCAUUGAGUAGCGCUAUCCACCCUUCG